AUGAACAGCCUGGCUCCCGUAGAACGCAAUCUGAUUCUUGACGGCCGGGGAGAUCCAUUCACCAUUAAGUCCCUGGGAGGUAUUCUGGCCGAAGUCAGCACGAUAAAUGGGUUUCCGUUGCAGCUCACGCCCCGAAACACGGAGCUCUUGCACUAUUACCUCCGCUUUGUAGCCCCGAACCUCGUCUCCAUAGACGGAGAAAGCCAGCCCAUAGUGUUCCAAAAAGAGGUUCUAAGCUGGCAGCUUCAGUCACCCCUGAUGCCCAACAUUGGCAUUCUCAUGGCUUCGACGAUCCAGUCGCUAGAUAGAGGCAUCGAACUCGACAAGAACCCGGAAUCACUUGCGCAAAAGGCAAAGGUUCUGGUGUUCAUCAACCAGUUCCUCAGCGGUGCAACGAAGCAGGGAUUUGACUUGAUUGCGCCAGAGGCGAUCAAAUGUGUCAUCAAUCUUUGGUUUUGGGGCGUGGGAGACACCAUGCGCGCUCACUCGCGGGGCAUCAGGGAGAUGUUACGGCUUCGCGGUGGCAUCCGGGGGCUCGGUGACCCGGUAGGCGAGUGUAUCAUUAUUCUGACCGACUACGAGAUAGCCUGCUGCUUCGAAGAAGACCUCUACUGGCAAGACGGAGACCCAGUCAAGGACCAAACCAUGCCAAUCCCCACGUGUUGGCCUGAGGGUUUCGACAGCCCUUUGAUCCCAUCGUCCAUAACCUUCGAGGAGAACCAUUACAGCUUGAACGUAAGCCACACUGCGGCUAAGAUCCUCGACGACGUCCGCUUCCUCGCCACUUCAAUCACGUCAGAUUGCUCAAACCGGGACUCAAUGUUGAAAACCAAGUCCACGGCCUACUGGCUGUACAAUCGACUCAAGGCCAUGCCCAGGCUCCCAAGUGAACAAAGUUCAACUCCAAAGAGCGAACUAAUCCAAGAAACCAUCCGGCUCGCGGCCCUAGUGUACAGCGGUUCCAUCAUGUCCCUUACCCUAUUUUCCCAGUUUCUAAGUCCAGGUAUCUUGGAGGAUCUGUACUCGACCAUGAUGAAAGUCAGCUUAUCCACAUGGAAGUAUAUCCCGGGUAUUUUCUUGUGGGUCAUGCUCAUCUUAUGUCCUAGUACCGCGAAUGAUCGAAGAGGUAGGUUUAUCAGAAGGAAAAUGGCGGUUGCGGGGCUGUCGAUUGGGUUCGAGGAUUUUCCUCUCGCAAUUUCGUAUUUGAGGGGCUUCUGGCUGGUUCAGAGAUGGAUUGUUGAGAAUGGUGAGGUUUGA